GGCCGCGGUGCCCCGGAGAGCCCGGUGCCGGGCUCGGGCUACGCGGCGCUUCGAGCGGAGCGGCGGCUGCCGCCUUCCUCGCUCCGCAGCCGGCUGGGCGGGGCCUGCAGCCUCCGGUCCGCGGCGGCGGCGUUUGAAAAGUCCCCGGGCCCAUGGGGCUCUGCCUCGGCUCCCGGGGCGCCGCGCAGCGGAGCGCAGCCCGCGGCCGCAGCCGCCGCAUCGAGCGGGAGCUGUACGAGCAGGCGAAGCGGGAGCUGGGCGCGGUGCGGAUCCUGCUGCUGGGCAGUGCAGAAAGUGGCAAGAGUACACUGGUGAAGCAGAUGAAAAUCAUCCACAGCCAGGGGUUCAGCCCGGAGGAGCUAGCCGACUUUAAGAAUGAGUCCCUUCUGCGUCUCCCUCUUUGUCUGCAGCCUGCCGUGUUGGACAAUCUGCUCAGCUCCAUGAAGUUUGUUCUCCGCGGCAUGGGGACUCUGCACAUCGACCUGACAAACAGCAAGAACCAGGUGCAUGCCCGCUCCGUGCUGUCCUGCAGCCACUGUUUGGAUGAGACCCAGAUGGUGCUUCCCUGGGUGUCAGAUGCUCUGUGCUGCCUCUGGGCUGAUGAUGGAGUGCAAGCAGCAACCAGGAGAGGCUACGAAUAUGGCCUCAAUGACUCUGCGCUCUAUUUCUUUGAGAACAUGGAGCGGCUCGUCCACCCCGAGUUCCAGCCCACGCCAAACGACGUGCUGCGUGUCCGACUGCGCACAAGUGGCAUCGUUGAGACCCACUUCAGGAUCAAGGACCUGGUGUUCCGGCUCUACGAUGUGGGUGGGCAGCGCUCUGAGCGCCGGAAGUGGCUCGGCUGCUUCGAGGACAUGCGAGCCGUGCUGUUUGUGGCGUCUCUCAGUGCAUACGAUGAGGCUGUCCCGGAGGAGCCAGCGCUGAAUCGGCUUCUGGAAAGCAUGAAGCUUUUCUCCUCUGUCUGCAACAACGUGUUCUUCCAAAGCACUUCCCUGGUGCAGACUGUGAUGUGGGUGCUGCAGCCCGAUUUAUCGCCAGCCUCUUCCUGUCGUGCAAUGAGACCCCCCAGAAACUGAUCUACCACCACUUCACCACCGCCACAGACACACACAGUGUGCGGGGCGUAUUCCACAUGGUGAUGGACACCAUCAUCCAGGAAAACCUGGAGGCAGCAGCUCUGCUGUGAAGUGCAGGCAGGUGCAGCUGGGGGGAGGCUUGCUGCUAGAGUUCAAGUGAGAUGCCCUAUGCUACAGAUGGAGCUGCUGAGUGGGCAGAAGAGGGACAUAUGAUGGCAUCAAAGGACCUGCCUGGCUCCUGGCACCAUCAUCCCUAAGCCUUCUGUUCUUCUGGGACUAACUCCUUCCCCUUGGCUCCAUGUGGGAUAAGGACCUCUCCCCCCUUCCCCCACAGGUUGAGGUGGCACUACGCCCAUGCAUGGUGACUCUAAUCCCUAAGGGGCAGGUCUGAGGCGGGGUAUGUGGGGUUGUACAUGUGCUUUGAAUCUCCCAUUUUCCUCUGCACUGGGCACUGCCCCAUGACAGCAGCUCCUGCCCCAGCCUGUGCUGUGUCCUGACAGUGCUCAGGUUAAAGACAGAGUGGAGGUGGGUGCUACCUCUGAGUGGCCUGGCCUAGCCUGUUGCGUUUCCCUAGCCCCACACUGAACCAGUUGGGGCUAAGCAGUGCUGGGGGCAGGCUCUCUGCAGGAGCCGUUGGAGCCUCCAACUUCAACCCAAGGGCUAGCCUCUCCCUGAGCCCCUGGGGCAGCCCUAGCUAGGGAUGGUCAGGGGGCCCAGCAGAGGCUCUGUUCCACCCACUUCACCCCUUCUCAGUUAAUUGGGCUGGGGUGGAAGCCCCCCCUUGCCCACAGGAGCCUGCUGCCUUCUCCCAGCCUGCAGCGGGGAGGAGACCUGGAUCCAGACCCCUUGUGAGUGACUCUGAGCUCCCUGCUACUGCUGUGAGAUGUAAAUAAAUGCUGUUUCCACCCCCCAUCUGCACACUAAAGGCAGGGGGGGGGGGCAGAGCUGGCUGAAUGGAUGGCAUUUGGGACAGGGCAGGGAGGUAAGAUCACUGCCUGAUGCUGUGACUAGGAGGCUGCUGGGGUCUGGGUCCUGCAUCUCUCGGGCUGGCCAGUGAGUGGUCCCAUACUGAGGGGUGGUCUUGGGGGCUGGAGCGAUGCUCAGCCUGCCCUGGCUGGUGGGCAAAUUUCCAGCUCUGGCCCCUCCCUCCUAGCCCAGCCCCUCAAGGAUCCCCAAGGGGUGAGCAGGGUGGAAGGCAGGUCCCUCCAGGGGGAAGCAGGUGUGAGCAGAACUGUGGGGGCAGAGCGCUACUGGGGCUGGCAUC